GACCAAAGAAGUGAGUCUUGUUGCGAGUAAUUAAUACGUUUUUUGAAUACCAAAACACCUUUGCUUUUUAAAAACUAAAAUGAAAUACUUACGUUUUUAAAGUGUUAAUGUCUUAUUACGGAAAUUUCGCAUUUGCAUAGAGAACUCUGUGGGAAAUGCAACAUUCAAUGCAGUAUUUCACAACCACUUCCUAGAUUAUUGUUGUUAUUUUUUCAGAAUUUCCUUUAGUUAGUACGAAGUGUAACGGAACGGUUGUUCAGGAUGAGCGGCGUGUGGUAUCUAGAACAUGUGACCACUGGCGCACGCCUCAUCCUGCACAACGGCACUAAUUCGGUUGGUCGCCACUCGCGUUGCAGGAUAAUCUUGGGUGGACAGUACCAAUUUGUGUCCCGGGAGCACGCCAAUAUCAUCAUAAGCGAAAAGGGCGUAGAGGUCCAGUCUCUGAACCCCCUGAAUGGGCUCUUCAUUAAUGGGGGCAAGUUGGGCGACAAGAUCAACCGUCUGGCAGUAGCUGAGGGCUCCACAAUCAGCCUAGGAGUCACGGGAGUCAACCUAAAUGAAAUUACUGGCAUACAUGCUGUAUUCAUCCUAAAGAAGAAGGAGCCGGCAGUCGAGGAAAUCGUUCUCUCGUCCGACGAAGACGAUACAACACCACUGCCCGCCGUGCGAUCCCCCACUGUCAAUCAGCCCACCGAGUUCAAUCUUAAGCAGCAAAUACCAAACUUUGGCGGUAAACAGGAGCCCGGCCAGGAGAAGGAGGUACUACCUUCGAGUUCCAAUUUGCAUCUACCAAAACUUACUGAAGUUAAGCAGGAGAUCGUAAAGCAUACCUCAGAAGAGAUACAAAACAUAUUUGGUGAACCAAGUGACGCUAUUCUGAAUUCUGUAUUGGAACUAAAUCCAUAUCUGUACAACAAGCUAACCAACAAGACCGCGAGCAAUGAAAUAGCCCGCAAAAAAAUACACGACGGCGACUGUAUAGAACUAGACACGGAUCCGGAUAAGAGGAGCAUUUCGGAGGCGCAGGAAAACGAAGAGCCUUCGGCAGAUCAGGAAAUAGACGACGAGGAAGAAUACGACGAGAGUUUCGCCAUGUCUCAGGCAGUGAUCAGGGAAAUGAAGGCCGAAAUGCACGUAAGUGAUGGCGAAGAAGACUUCUUGCUGACCAAUGGCAUGGGGAACUUGGCUGAAGGUUCUCCAUCGAACCAAGCUUACGACGACAUCGUCUACAUCAGCGAUUCCGAUGACGAGGAGCUGUACGAUAAGGUGGCGGAUUGGUCAAAGCUGCUGAGCCAAAAGGUGGUACCAGACGUCAUGGAAAUGUCGCAGACCUAUCCGGUAGAGAAUGAACAGGAAGAUUCAGACUCAGACCUAGACAAUGGAGCAAAAAAAACAAAAAGGACGCUGCGCAUCUUAUCCUCCAGUGACGACGACUCUGCAGACGAAGAUCAAACAAAACAAAAGGGAUGCCAUUCCAAAUCGAAAUCUCUAAACGACCAUGUUGUGCGGCAGGCCGACAGCACGACUCCGGAUCCUCCAGCUGUUCGUAAAUUAUCCGUCCCAUCCAAAAAAGACAAUAAUGCAGGCAAAGUCAGUUCCACCGCUGAUGUCGAAAAGAGAGAAAGACCUAAGCUUAAGUCCUGCUUAAAGAGCCCGACAUCAGUAGAUGACGUGAAAAAUAUGGCAGAAACCAAAAAUAGCUCAGUCCGUCAGUGUCAGCAAACAGUUGCAAUCCGAAAGGAACUAACUAAUGUCUGCCCGCAAAAAAUUGAGACUAACAAAUCCCGCAAGCGAAUCGUCCACUCGGCCACUUCUCGGGAUGAGUUAGCUACCACUUCAAAAGAAAUCAAAGAUGCUCCUAAAACUAAUGUGGAACCUCCUAAAAAAAAGCUGCGAAACCGUUCAAAAUCCUGUUAUGUGGAUAGGCCUGUGGAAUUGGAUAAACCCAAAACCAAAAAUGAAGUGUCUCUUAAGGAGAAAUAUGAAAGCGUUGAUAAUAGUCUCGAAGAACUGAUAGUAACCCUGGAGGCUCCGGCAAUGCUAAAGACACCUACUACAUCUAAAACCAAAGGUGGUGGAAAAAAAGCAACGCAGACUCGCGGCAGACGAAAGACAAUACACUGCCGGGAUGAAAUAAGAUCCUUAACAGAUGAGGCUGAGGAAAAUAAAAAGAUUUCACCAGCAGGACAGACCAACGAAGAAAUCAAUAUUCCAACUAAAAGUCCUCUUAAAAGGAGUGCGCGACUGCUCAACCGAUCCAAAUCGUGUUAUAUGGAUCGACCGGUGAUCUCGGAAGCCGCAGAUCCUGCCAAGAAGGUGAUCAAGGGCGACAACGUUUUAAACUUUGUUGAUGUGAGACAGACACGCGGUCCCGCUGUGAUUGAGGCUCCAUCCUUGCCAAAAAAUCGCGGUAAGCUACGAGGGGUUUCGGCGGAGGUGAAAGUUAAAGAUAAGGUGCUAGAUCGCCAGCGUUUCAUUGACUAUCAAGCCGAAAUUAACGCUAAAUGGAAGCAGAAACCCAAAGAUAAGAAAAAAGAAGACGAAAAGCUAAAAGAGUGCCGCCGCGAAGCCCUCAAGAAGCUGACUGAAAAACCAAAGGAAAAUACUCAUAGCUCAACAACCAUUAAGAGAAAGAAACCUAUAAAUGUUCCCACCGUUCAAAACUCCAACCGUGGCGCAUUUUUAACGAAAGGAGUGGAUGGCCCAGCCCCAAAACUGGCAAAGACGGAUAACGCUAAGCCACCGGCAAAGAAACCAGUUCCCAAACAACCACCCACUAUCGAAACAUUCUCACAGCAGCUCCAAGCAGCUGAUGAAGCUAUUCUUCAUCCGCAGCCACAGUGCUCUCGACCAGUGGAGCGGAAAGAAGCAGAGCUGGCGAGGAAUCAGCGCACUUGCAACAAAGUUACCUUUGCCGAAAUGGAGCUUUACCAUCAAAAAGCCGAAGAAUCAAAGAAGCUACAAAAGAAACUCCGUAAGGUGCAUUUCAACGAUGAUGUGAAGGUACACUGCAUCGAAAGGGUCAAGGGAGCUAGUUCUAAGGUUCAGGGACGCAAGGAGUGCAUAAAGCUCCGCCUCAGCUCCUACCGCGAACGCCGCGAAUGGAUUCGAAAGGAAAAUAAACCAGUGAACGACAUACGCCAGCACUCUCGGAGUAUCCUAAAGUGGGCUAACCAAUGGCUAAAGCAUGGCAGCGUAGAUGCAGUUGCUGAACAAGAUGUCCUAAUGCCCAUUCCACAAGAAUUUGAUAGCUUUAAAAACUAUAGAGAGAUAUUUGUGCCCUUAAUGAAGCUGGAGCUGCUUUCCACCAUCGAAAGAGACUAUAAAAUUAACAAUAAGAACACUUUUUCGGUCGGCUUAAUAAACGUUGAUAUGCAGGAUGGUUGCUACCGUUUGGUUACCAGAGUCAAUAGCAAACCAUUCGGAAAAUUCGUCCUUUAUACCCUUUACUGUUGUGGCAUGCUAAACGAGACCUUUGCCAAUCUGUUGGAGCUUAAGUGUGUCUCAGGCAACGUAUUCGACUUAACAUUUGAGAUCCUGAAACAAGAUAUAUCCGAGGAGAAGCUCAAAAACACUAAGCAGUUGACUGCACGGCCAGUAGUGGACAGCUUAAGGGUUGAGCUUGGGGCUUUGAGUGCCGUCCACCAGCUCCGUAGCUCCCCGCUCUGCCGCCGCAUCUUGAAGCCUACGCAAGCAGUCAAUGAGGUUUCACUGCCUAAGCAGCCGUUUACGUUCAAGGGCUGCCACAAGUUAAACGAACACCAGGAGAGCAUUGUCCUGCAGACAUAUCAACGGAUAAUUGACGACAUACAGCCGAGUCUCACUCUGAUCCAGGGUCCCCCCGGGACCGGAAAGUCGAAGGUUAUUUCGGAACUAUGUCUGCAGACUAUGUACGGCAAUGCUGCCAAAACCCUGGACCGGAAAAUCUUGAUUUGCGCACACUCGAAUACAGCCGUAGAUCAUAUUGUCGGGCUGCUAGGUUCAGUUUUGCGUGUGAUGAACCACGACCAAUUCCACCUACUGCGUUUUGGAAUGCACGAGAAGAUGAGUCCAUACUCUCGUCCUUUUUCGUUGGAGGCGCAAUUUAGCAAAGCCAAAGAGCAGAAGUUGAAGCGCGUCAGCAAAGAGAAUGCGGAAUUCUUAAAAAAGCAGCAUAUUGAUCUUAAGGGUGAGAUUCAGCAACUGAAGGAGAAAACGAAUCUCACGUCCACGUAUCUCUUGCAACAGUUGCAUCAAAAAGAAAAAACACUGCAGCUGAUAAGUAACCAACUGAGUCCGCCGCUGACGCAGCGUGAGGAGUUUGAAAUCUCGCAGAUGUGUGUGACCAGGGCGAACAUUAUCUGCACAACGCUUUCCUCCUGUGUGAAACUGGCAAACUAUGUAGAUUUCUUUGACAUAUGCAUCGUCGACGAGGCCACACAGUGCACAGAGCCCUGGACUCUACUGCCAAUGCGAUUUGGAUUGACGCAUAUGGUCUUGGUUGGCGACAUGCAGCAACUUCCAGCUGUGGUGCUGUCGAAGAAGGCCAUAGACUUUGGCCUUUCUAAUUCGAUGUUUGAUCGGAUUCAGCGAAGCCUGCAGACACAGCUUGAUAAGCCGGGAAGUCAUCAGUUAACGCAUACGAAACUAUUUAAGCUGAGCAUGCAGUAUCGCAUGCAUCCAGAGAUCUGUCGAUGGCCCAACAAGUAUUUCUACGAGGAUCAGUUGAUAAACGCCAAUUGUACUGCUCGUUUCGGCUCACCGCUCAUUCCAUACUGCGUUAUUAAUUUAAAGUACACUCGAGACAGCAAUGGCGCCCAAAACAAGAGUAUCAGCAAUAACGAGGAGGCUGGUUUUGUGGCCAAACUUCUGACAGAAAUGGACAAACAUAUGCCCAGCAAGCGAUAUAGCUAUGGAAUAAUUUCGCCAUAUCAAAACCAGUGUUACGCGCUAAGCCAGGUGAUUCCCAGUCACAUGAAUAUCACUCCUCAGACUGUGGACUCGUAUCAAGGAUUGGAAAAGGAUGUGAUCAUAAUUUCAAAUGCCAGGACACGCGGCUUUGGCUUUCUAACGAACUAUCAGAGACUCAAUGUGGCGCUGACCAGACCGCGGCGUUGUCUAGUCAUAUGUGGCAAUUUUGAAGAUCUAAAAUCUGUGGAAAUGUGGCGUAACCUUCUCGAUGAUGCUCGCAAGAGGAAAGUUUACUUCAAUUUGGACCGCGAUGAUGUGAACGACCUAGAGCGUUCUUUAAUCAAAAAGAUGAUGGUGAAUUCUAUCAACUUGAUUUAGGGGACACCACGCUCCCCAAUCAGUUAAUGAGAUUAAAACUGCUUUUUAGAUGCUAAGAUAUCCCAAGUGCCAUGGAAGGGAAGAGCUUCCCAUAUUGUUUAACAAAUGACUUUGUUAUUUUUAUAUAUAUUUAACAUAGAGACUGUAAGAUUUAAUAUUGAAAUCUUUGUACAUUUAGUUCUUUAAAACGCCGACGAAUUGCAUUUUCGUUCUUAAAUGCCGUACAGUAUAACAGGAUUUAUAAGUAACCGAUUAUAUAUCAUCUAUGUACUUUUUGAGAAAGAUUCAGGGCUUGAGGAUGAUGCACUAUGCAUGUCGUAGUGUAUGACCGAAUAAAUGUAAAGAAAUAAAUAUUGAAAUGGUUAAAA